UCCGGUGUUUUGAAUGGAUCUUUUCGACCUCGCGGUGUUAUGUAGGGUCUUUACUACGUCUGCGCAAUGGAUCCGUUAAAGGCUGUACGCGUCUAUUUAGAUGUAUUUUUAUUGUUUAUCAUCUUUUCCAAAUGUCAGGGUCGCGAUUCAGACUCUGAUUAUGUUACAUGUGGAUCUUUAGUGAAACUCAUGAACACAAGGCACAACGUUAGACUCCACUCACAUGAUGUCAAAUACGGAUCAGGUAGUGGGCAGCAGUCGGUAACGGGUGUGGAGGCAGCAGACGAUGCGAACAGUUACUGGCGUAUCCGGGGUAAACCUAAUGAAACGUGCCAGCGUGGAGUGCCCAUUAAAUGCGGUCAGGCUAUCCGUUUCACUCAUAUGAAGACAGGACGCAACCUCCACAGCCACCACUUCAGCUCUCCUCUUUCGAACAACCAGGAGGUGAGUGCGUUUGGAGAAAAUGGUGAAGGUGAUGAUUUAGACGUGUGGGCAGUCCAGUGCGGCGGGAUCUACUGGGAGCGCGAUGACGCCGUCCGGAUCAAACAUGUCGGCACAAGCGCCUUCCUCAGUGUGACCGGAGAGCAGUACGGUCAUCCAAUCAGGGGCCAGCGUGAGGUCCAUGGAAUGUCCUCUCCCAAUUCGAACAACUACUGGAAGGUGAUGGAGGGGGUUUUUAUUCUUCCCAGUACUGAACCAUUACAUCAUGAUGAGCUCUGAUGACUCAAAAUGCACUGUACUCUCAGACAAUAAAGACUGUACCACAAUUUCCA